CUUCUAUUUAUUCCCAAAAUUAGAGUUAAAUUCUUUUUAUUUUCAAAUUCAUAAACCAUUAAAGCGCUCUCUCUCUCUCCCCCUCUGUUUUACUCUUUGCUUUACAAAGUUGAAAAUAAAUAGACUCUCCUCUGUUUUAGUUUGAAUUUUACUUUACUUUUUUCUGUUCUAUCAGGACUUGAAUUAAAAGUUUCUCAAGCUUCAAAAUUCAAGGUCUCUUUAAUUUGCACUCUAAUAAUUUCUUUAUUUUCUUUUCUGGGUUUUGGGUUUUGUGUUUCAAACUGUAUUGUAUUUCCCCCUCAAAUCUUUUUUGGGUUUUGUUUCAAAAGAUUAAAGAAGUUCUCAGUUGUUUCGGUGUGAGGAAAAUGAUGGGUUUUGAAUGAGAAAGUCCUAGAAAUUUUCUUGGUGUUCUGGGUAUGGAGGGAAGGGAUGGUUUGAGCAUUAGUGGGGUUACAGUGGUGGGAUCAGAUGCUCCGUCGGACUACCAUGUGGCGCCUAGGACUGAAAACCCUAGUCAGGCCGCCGGACCAACUCCGGCGCCGACCACUCAACUGGGUGUGUCGCUGCCGGCGGUUGGUGGUGCACCAACGGUCAAAAAAAAGAGGGGUAGGCCGAGGAAGUACGGUCCGGAUGGGACGGUGACGAUGGCUCUGUCACCGAAGCCGAUAUCGUCAUCGGCACCGUCUCCGGUGAUCGAUUUCUCGGCCGCCAAACGGGGGAAAGUUAGGCCAGUAGGGUCAGCCAGCAAGCAACACAAGAUGGAGGUGGAUAAUUUAGGUGAUUGGGUUUCAUGCUCUGUUGGUGCUAAUUUCACACCUCAUAUGAUCACUGUCAAUGCUGGAGAGGAUGUUACAAUGAAGGUUAUAUCAUUUUCUCAACAAGGGCCUCGUGCAAUAUGCAUUCUUUCUGCAAAUGGAGUAAUUUCAAGUGUCACACUUCGUCAGCCUGAUUCUUCUGGUGGUACAUUGACAUAUGAGGGUCGUUUUGAGAUACUGUCCUUGACUGGGUCAUUUAUGCCAGCUGAGACUGGAGGAAUAAGGAACAGAUCAGGCGGCAUGAGUGUUUCUUUAGCAAGCCCAGAUGGACGAGUUGUGGGAGGUGGAGUUGCCGGUUUAUUAGUAGCUGCCAGUCCUGUGCAGAUCGUUGUAGGAAGUUUUCUGGCUGGGAACCAGCACGAACAAAAGCCCAAGAAACAAAAAACAGAAUCCAUAACAACUUCCACACAACCAACUGCUGCCAUCCCUAUUUCUAGCGCUAGCACUGAGAUAGAAGAUACAUUUGGCGUUCAACACACUUCAACGACCCCAAAGCCAAAUCUCUCAUCUUCUUCUUCGUUCCGUGUUGAUAACUGGUCUCCAUUGCCUCCAGAUUCGAGGAACAAGCCAACUGAUAUUAAUCUAACUUUGCCUGGAUGAUAGUUGUUAAACGAGCCUCGGUGGAUUUAUGCAUUACAAGGUUUGCUACUACUGACCAGUGACCGCAUUGGCCAUUAAAACUCGAAUUGACGCCAUCUCACUCUACCGUGUUUGUCUGUAAACUUCUUGUUACUGUUUAUCAUUAGUACCGGCAUGUUGAUUUGUUUCCGAUGGGGGGUUUGUGUUGUUUUUGUGUUGUAGGUUUAAUUAGUUUUAGUGAAUUAGAUAGGCUUUUUCAGCCACGGUUUGUCCUGUAGAAUAUUUUGGUGCAUCAUUACAUUACCCCUGGAGUUACCUUUUUCCCAUGCAAUGUGAUUCGAAUUUAAAUGUCUUUAUAAUAUAUUCAAGUUGUCUUUAA